CAUUGUUAACGUCGGCCAUUAGUAUUAUUAUUAUUUUUUUUAUCAAAACAAUUUUGGUCUUUCAACGUUGAUGCCCGUCUCUGUUUCUCUCAAUUAGCGCUCUCUUCUCUUGCACUUUGGUUGCCAUUGACGAGAGACUACAAACCCUACAAUUCCAUUCAAAUCUCGCAGAUUUGUUUCUGAAUUCCUUGGCAACCAAUCCAGAUAUUGUUUAAAUAUCAUGAAGAUCCUCAAUUUUGGUAAACAUCAGGUUGCCUGAUUUCUAUUGAAAUGAGCAGUAGGAAAUAUAUUUCUUGCGAUGAAGUUUACAGUUUGAUGCCGAUUCAAUAUUAUUCGACAUGCAAUUUAUAUCAAAUGACAGUCACAAGGAAGAUACUUUAGAAAGUGAACCCAUCCUAUGCCAGUCUACCACUUCAGAGCGAACUGAAGAAUCAUCAUCUUCAUGUGAAAUUAUAUCUAUAUCACGGGAUUGCCAUGGUGAUGAUUUAGAAAGUGUUCACAUUGAUGAAACUUGCCAUCUAGUGAAUUCAGAUCAGCCUCAGUGUCGUAUAUGUCUUGAUACUGGAGGAGAUGACCUAAUUGCACCAUGCCAUUGCAAAGGCACUCAAAAGUAUGUUCAUAGGUCGUGCCUUGACAACUGGAGAUCAACCAAGUAUUUGCAGGAGGGCUUUGCUUUUGCUCAUUGCACAGAGUGCAGGGCAUUGUUUGUAUUACGUGCCAAUGUCCCACCUGACCGCUGGUGGUUGAGAUUGAAAUUUCAGUUCCUUGUUGCCAGGGACCAUGCAUUCAUUUUUAUAGUUGUUCAGCUGAUUGUCGCAUUAUUGGGGAUGCUUGUCUACAAGUUUUAUGGGGAGGAGCUCAGAGAAAUGUUUGGCUAUGAAGAACAUCCUUAUGGGUUUUAUACUAUGGCUGUUUUAGCUAUUGUUUUGGUGGGUUUGCUUUAUGGUUUUUUCAUUGCAAUUAUAUGCGGACAGAGGAUCAAUGAACGCCAUUACCAUGUUCUUGCCAAACAAGAACUAACAAAGGAAUAUGUGGUAGAAGACCGAGAAGCUAGCAAAAUUGUCCCUGAACUUGAUGCCAGCCACGUCACGGAGCUGAGAAUGUUGGGCCUUUAUUAAUUUGGAAUGCUCUGCAUUGCUAUAACCUGAGUCCAUUUGUGCAUCUCGGAGCGAGUAACUGGAUUGGUUUUUAAUUAUAUAUUCCAACUACACACUGAUGGUUUAUCUUUACGAAUUCCUACACGCGUAUCCCCGCCGUUCUUGUGUAUUAAGCAACCAAUUUUUCAUUGAGAAAUGCUUGUUAACAUUUGUUUAAUUUUAAGAGAAAAAUGUCCAUAACUUCUUGUUCGUGAGAACAAGUAAUGUACUUAAAGAAAUGAAUCAUUUUUCCCUUUC